AAGUUCGUUGCUCUCAGCCGACAGCUCCGAAUGGGUGCGCCCAGGAAGUGAUGUGACUCGCCAUAUAUCCCACAUCCUUCUCUCCACUGUUGUCAAAGGCAAGUCAAGGGUAUGACACUCUUUGGAGGCCAAUAUGCUUCAACACUGAAGACAGAGAAAUCCAGCACAAUUUCCAAUAUCUGAGUCACCAGGACAUUUGGGAGAGUCUCUAAGCUGCUAGCCUUGCUUGGAGGAACUCAGAAGGAGGAGGACCCGCCCUUGAGCCAUGAUAAAAGGAAGACAUGCAAGAGAUGAUAACAGCUUUUUGAGACGUAAUACUUAUGUUUCCUUGACACGCUUCAGACGUACAGACACAGAGCUGCUGUUGGGCGAGCAAUCAAGACUGUCGCGUGUAGCGCCACCUGCUCGGUUUCAUUCACUCCUUCCUGCCCAGUCAAGCGAGAACGGGGGAAACGGAGGCAGCUGAUGGUUAGCAGACAAGAACCGUCCCUUGAAAGCCCCAGGACCCAUCCUGGCCUUAUCUGAAGAAACCUAGAAGAAGAAAAGUCCCUGAAUUCUCAUUCAGUUGUGUUGAGUGUGGUGCUGGUAGGAAAUUUUCCAUCCUAUGAAACCGCAAGAAGAGCUGCAGGUGUGCCUUCAGGUUGACAAGCACAUGGUGCUAUCAUCUCUCUUUUCCUCUUGCAACUUUGCCUCCAACCUGAAACUCUACUGGGAGGGUGAAGGAGAUGCUGAUUCAAAUGGUUCUUCUUAGCCUAUUGACGUAUUCCACACCAAGAGGCCCGGGGCUCUGAAAUUCCGCUCCCAUGGAAAAAUCAAGAUCCUUGUUCCAGCAAGUAAUUGGCCACACAAUGCUCUUUGUUGCCUUCCUACUUUUUGCCACAGAUAUUCUUGCAGAGGAUGUUGCCACAACAGAUGUGACCACCCAGGUAAAUAAAACAGCAGGUGUAAAUAUAAGCACCUCACCUUUUCCAGCAUCUUCUAAGAUGGCUGCGGAGAUUUCUAUGACAUCACUUCCUGAUGCCACAACGCCUGGCACUCUCAGCAGAAGUUUGAGCACUUCAGGGCAACCAUCACUGUCCUUGAACGCAGCACCUCCAGUUUCAAAACAGGAACUACAAUCUGCCACUGCCGUGAACACUGCUGUCCCAGAAGACACUUCCUCCCCUAUGCCAAGUAAAGUCACCGUCUCUAUCAAAGCAAAACAUCCUCGUACGGAAGCAACAGAGGUACAAGAAUCCAUAACAGCUCCUGUUCAGAAGGAAGUUCCCUCUAAAAUGGCUGUCACACCACACUUUGAUAAUGAGACGGUAUCUUCUCCAACAAAGGAUUUGGGAACCAGAUCCCAAGGGAGCUUCUCUGAGCAAACAUCAAGUGCAAUUGCCUCGCUUGAAACAACAAAGAGCACAAAACCAAAAGAGGACAGAAAAGAGCCAAUGCCACCAAGUCAAGCUGUUCCAGAAUUAACUCAGAGUCCUGAGACUGGCAGCCACUAUAUGUCUAGUCCUUCCAGCACAUCAGUGACAAGUAUCAACAGUUCAGCAAUAUUUGACUCUCUUGAUAAAGGCAACUCAGAGAAGAAACACUCUGUCAUCAUUUUGGCCGUUGUUUUCACCAUCCUGCUGCUUGUAGGUUUCCUAGCCUUCCUGUGCCUUAGGCGCCGCCGUCACUCUGGCUCUACCAGCUUCAAUUCCCCAGAAUGGGCUGGACAAGCCACGUUGCCAGAUGAUACGGGCUUGGAUAAGGACGUGGAGCAACAGGCGGGGUCUGGAGGGGAAGGGGAAACCCGGCGUGGGACUCUUGUGACUUUCUUUGGGAAGCGUCAGUCUAGGGUACCUUCCAUAGCUAUGGAAGAUGUCAAUGGGAAAGGAGGCAAGGAGGAAACAGAGCAGCUGCUUUGUGGAGAGGCUGAGACAGGGUCCCCUUCAGAGGCGAUUGGGGAUGCCAAUGGCAAAGUACCAGAGCCCCUUAAGGAGUCUUCUCAGGGGUCCUCAGCCUCCAAUAAGUUAGGUGAAAGUUCCUCCUAAAUAGGGCUUCCUUUGUUUUUCCCUGAAGACAUUUUGCUUCUCAGCCAAGAAGCUUCUUCAGUUCAGUUUAGAUAAGAAGCGAAAUGAAAGGAAAAACAAAGUCCAGUUGCCUUUUGAAAAAGCACCUUUGGGAUAACCAUGACUCAGAUGACUGAGAAUCUCCAUAGACAUUUCCCUUAAAUCAGAAUCCCUCCUAAAUCAGAAUUUCUGGCUUUGAGGGAUCGUGGGUGAGCCGGGGGGGGGGGGGAGGGGAUAGUUGAGAGCACAAAUGCAGCGCACAUGCCACCAUUGCUCACAUGUGUGGGGAUGCGCACAUGUGCACGCACUCACCUGCCACUUCCAUGGCCCGGUUCUGAAUGGCUCAAGGCCCAGUAGCAGAGGUGGUAUUCAGCAGGUUCUGACCAGUUCUGGAGAACCGGUAGCAGAAAUUUUGAGUAGUUCAGAGAACCGGUAAAUACCACCUCUGACUGGCCCCGCCCCAUCUAUUCUCUGCCUCCCAAGUCCCAGCUGAUUGGGAGGAAAUGGGGAUUUUUCAGUAACUUUCCCCUGGAAUGGAGAUUUUACAGUAUCCUUCCCCUGCCAUGCCCACAAGCAAAGCCACGCCCACCAAGCCAUGCCACACCCACAGAACCGAUAGUAAAAAAUUUUGAAUCCCACCAUUGCCCAGUAGUGAGUUAUGGCCCUGGGGUUGGGGACCCCUGUCUUAAAUAGUGACCAAGAGAUAGAUUCACCUCUUAAGGUUCUUCUGGAGCAGACCAUUUUUAUGAUUCACAUAGACAUCAUUUGGUAUACCUUAUUAUCCUACAGCACGGGUGUCAAACUCGCCGCAUCACGCUGCCAUCAUGUGACAUAUCGCGACAUUUUUUCCCCUUCAUGGAGUGGGGGUGGGCGUGGCCUGGACGUGACUCGUCCAGCCCGCAGGCCGCCAGUUUGACACCCCUGUCCUACAGGAUAGAUGUAUAUCCUAUAUCCUCUAUACCCUGAGCCUUAGGUUAAGAUGUGCCUUGUUCAUGUGUGAAGGAUGAGUGAAGAUGGAGGAGUUUCUGUCCCUCAACUUCUCUUCUGAAAAUCCUCUGCAUCUCCAUUUCUCCUGCUUUAUUAUAAGCCAUAGGUAGGUAUAGCAGACCCAAAAGCAGAGACAUCUUAAAACAUUGGCCCAGCCCAGUUUUACCAAGUACUCCCCCCUCCCCACAUUUUUCCUCUUCUUUUAGAGGAAAAAAAGGUCGGUGGGAGGUUGGGUAGUUAACAAAUUUCCAGGUAAUGGCAGUGAGGGGUUGUGCCUGAAGAAUAAUGAGCAUUGAUCAGGCUUUGAGUCUGCAUUGUAGAAGGAAGUCUUGAUCACCAUCGCUGGAAAGAAAGUAUAUUAACAAAAAUUAUGUUUGCUAAAAAAUUUUAUGAUGCUGCAAAUUGCUUGGCUGAUUCGUGCUCAGAAGUGAAUGGCUUUUAUGCAUACGGAUUAGGAAUAUCCUAACUAGAUUGUUUUUAUUAACUCAGAUUUUAAUGAAUCAGAUUUUUUUUUCAUUGUGUUCGCUCUCUGGGAAUAUCUACAAAGGAAAGGAUUUAUCUGGGCAUCCCCCAAAGAGCUGAUAUAGUUAGCAGUAAGACAUAGGUAGGUUUAAACGCCUUUAUUUAAUUCAGAGGCCUAUCCAAUUAUUCUUCUGUGCUUUGUCCUUCAAAUGUACUAAGUUUAAAAGAGUCAGAGAAGAGAGAGGAAGUCUUUUUAGAAAGACUUCCUUUCUAAAGUCUUUGGAUGAACAUAAAGACAAAAUGGAAAUAUCUAGUAGGCACAAUGUACAAAAUGUAUAAAUACAAGAGUUUAAAUUUUGAAUUAUGUGAACAUAUAUUAAGUAGGAAAUAGCAUUAUGCUUUGCCUGGCCUUGCUCAUAUAUCAAAGGUUUGUUUCUGUAGGCUCCAGUGGAUUUCAGAAAAUUUAGCAAGUUAAACUAAUUCAUCUUAUUAUAUAACUUUUUCUUAAUUUUUCCUACGCUAGUAACAUUUAAUCCUGAAUAAUUUUACUUUUGAUGCUGAAUAAUUUCAGAGGAACUAUUAACAAACAGCUAAUUAAUAAAUACAAAGUCCUUGAUUUAUGACUAUUCAAUUAGCAAUGGUUCAAAGUUAUGACGGCCUUGGAAAAAGUUAUUCAGAUCAUACUUACACUUAUGACCAUCAUACCAUUGUCAUGUGAUCACAAUUUGAACAUUUGCCAAAUUUGCAUUUAUAACCGGUUCAGCAUCCCGUAGUCACAUGAUUGCAAUAUGCUAGUUUGUUUCCAGCAAAAAGCACCCAUUGGGAAAGGUAGAUUUGCUUAAUGACUGCAUGUUUCAAUGAAUGAUCAUCAUAAAAAAUAUUGCAAAGUUGGAUCUGAUUCGACUUACAACCGCAACAUCUCAAUGAUAGAAAUUGCAAUGCAAUUCUGUGGCUGAUCUCUUGGGAAUAAGUCCCAUUAAAUUGAAUGAGAUUUACUCUGCGUAAGAGUGUCUGAAAUUUCUAUCUGAAAAAGGCAAUCUCUUUUCUCAUUAACCAAGCCUUGAGCUAACAUAUUAUAGAGCAGUGUUUCUUAAGCCUAGAAAGUUUAAGGUAUGUGGACUUCAACUCCCAGAAUACCCCCAGCCUGCCAUGCUGGCUAGGGAAUUCUAGGAGUUGAAGUCCACACAUCCUACACUCACUGAGAUUGAGAAAUAUUUCCUCAAGUGCUCAUAGAUUUAAUGAAGAUGUUUCGCAAGAUUGCAAGAAAAUGCUCCUUUUCCUCACUCUUCAAUUAUCUUUGCUCCUGUGAGGCACAAAAUUAGAAGGCCAAGCAUUUGUUUUCUGAAAAUAGUAGGAAGGCAUUCCUAUUUGUUUUCGAAAACAAGGGGAACUUUGCACAGAGGUAGUUCGUGAUGUGAUGGGCUGGGCUAAGGAACCAAGCUUAGAGAACCGUUACAGACUAAUAAUUAACCCAGGUCUUGCGCAACUAUGUUAAGAUUCCCUCAAGUCAAAGUAGACUCUAGGUGACUUCCUAGAUGUGUUCCUAUAAUUUUCUUGGUAGAAACACAGUCAUGAUUUGGCAUUGUCUUUUUCCCAGGUUAACUUAUAGCCCUGAUGCUGCCUGUUUCUGAUUUCAUGCAAGUUUUUCAUUUCAGGACAAAGCAGCUCAACCCUGCUUAGCAACACAAGGUUGACCAGAAAUAUUAUCACCUGCCAAAACUUUCUGGAACUAAUUUUUUCUAAUAUAGCUUCAGUCUUCAAAUUAAUCAUGUCACACUCAUUAAAAACAACCAAGUAUGGAGUGUUUGCUGUCUCCUAUUUAAAAUAAAAUGUGAGGGAGCAUUUCCCACCACAGUUAAAUGAAGAGAACAUAAUAUUUGUGAAAGUUGACUUAAUUUCUGAGCCUUUUGUGGCCUGGUACUUAUUUGCUUUGUUGAAUUGAUAUUCUCAGCUUUUUUUUUUAAACCCAUCUCUCACUUCAAACAGGUCUUUAAAAUCAAUCCAGUGAACUACACUUUUAUUCGUGGGGCCUUGGUGCUCUCUAAGCUUGAUCGUUUUCUUGCAAAUGUUUCAUUACCAGGCUAGGUAACAUCAUCAGUGCUAGAGCACCAAGGAAUCCAUGGUUUAACCCAAAGCUGCAAAUAUUCUCUUCUAUCGGUAAAACUCUCUGUGCUAGAGUCCCCCAUUACACUAAGCUAUGGCAUGCUUAAUUUUACUUACUGAAUAAAUUACUCAUCCUAGUUCAUGCUAAACUUGGUUUGCAAUUCAUAUUUGCUGCAUCUGGAGAAUAUUCUAAACCAUAACCCGAUCUUGUAGUUUGGCAUAAUCAAUGUAGUCAGGUGAUCUCCUUCAAAUAAUUGGGGUCUUUCUGUAGGGGUUUUUGGAAAAUACAGUUAGACGUUUCUAAUGAACAGGAGGCCAACUACACAAUGGCAGAAGUUAAAUAUUUAAGCAAAUGAAACAACUAAUAAAUUCAAAUAAUAAACUACGGGAAGGAAAUGAUUACCUCUUUUAAUGUUUUCCAGCACUUAAGAGUUGAUCAGAGGAUCUGUAGAUCCCAUUCUAUAAUUAUGUUUUUCCAUUAUUAGAAAUGGAGAACCUGUAAUCCUCCAGAGAUUGAUGAAUUAUACUCAUGAUGGCCAGACAAUUAUCAGUAAUACUCAGCUUCCUCAUCUAUGCUGUGUACCUGAUCAAAAUUUUAAACCAAUGUCUUCUCUAAGGGAGAACUUUCUGAGGAACAUCUAGCAUGCUCCACAAGAUGCUGUUUGAUGAUGACUAAGAUUCCUUAGAGGGGAACAUAUGACAGCAGGGGUGCCUGCUAGUGGGGGAUGUCAAAAAAGUGAAGUUGGCAGCUACCACUGACUACUUGAAACCUCAUCCAUUUUUACAUACAUAUGUAAAAAGAGGUGGGACUUCAAUCACAGCCUUAUUUUUGUACAUUCCCCUACUAACACUGUGCCUGAUAGUUGUUUUUUUGUUUGUUUCAUUGAGUUCUAUUCAGUUUUUUAUAUUACUUCUAGGACUUAAUGAAUUUGAAUUUCUCUUGUGUAAAAAAAGUCACUGAAAUAACAAGGAGCGAAGUAAGAACUUAUGUGCCAGUUUCUGAUUUACUUUUCUCUUCCAUUCAGCUUCUGCAGAAUUCUAAAUCCUUUAGAAUUUCUCUGUAUUUUCUGUAAUUGUUAGUUCAAUAUUUUUUAUUCAUUCAUUUCAAAGGUGUAUUUUAUGUCUGUGGAGCUUCAUUCAAGUCUACCCAAUAAAG